AUGAGUUUCUUGAAAACUCAUACCUUCUCACGCAUUCCAGAAUCCAAUCAUUCCAUAAUCAACCUUAAUCCAGGCGAUUCAAGUAAAGAAGAGAGUGGGCUGGUUUCAGAUGAAGACUUAGAUGAGGUAAACAAUUUGGGAGUUCCGAAUAGUCCCUUUGGCCCAACAUUACCUUGGGUCGUCUCUACCGGUAUUCUACUUAUACUUUCGAUGACAUUGGCAAUUCAAUUAUACUUUCCCCAAGGUAAUCCUAUAGGAACCUACGAAACCGGGUUUUCGACAGAGCUUGCUUCUAGUAAACAUAUCAUUUCGAUUGAACAGGUUGGCUUCACUGGGAACGUCCAGAUCCGUGAUGAUGGUACGACGUAUCUCGACCCCGGUGAAGUACAGUAUGUGGGCAAGCCCUCACCGAAGAUCGAUGAGAAUUGGGAGCAUUUAAUUGAUCACCGCUAUUUCUACUUAACCGAGGCCGAAGCCGCAGAGGCAUGGGGCAUGGAGGGCAUUGAACAAUUGUAUUACCGGCUUUCUCCUGAUAACGAACGUCGCUACGUUGCGGGUCUUGACGUGCUACACACUCUACAUUGUCUCAAUAUGCUUCGAAUGAAAUUGGACCUGGAUUACUAUCCAGCGGCGGCAAUCGGCUCGCUACAUAAUUACCACUGCAUCGAUCAGAUUAGACAAUACUUGAUGUGCACUGGAGAUCUGACUUCUAUACCUGUUCGAUGGCAUAAAGGUCUUGGACGCCCAUAUGUCGAUUCCGAUAAACCACAUACAUGCCGAAACUUUAGCGCUCUACAAUCAUGGGUCAUGAAGAGAGACGAAGCAGAAUUUUAG